AUGGGUAAAGACACCAGAUACAAGUUCUUCUGGUCUGGUAACGACAAAGGCACUGGCGGUGUUGGUAUCUUGCUUGCUGAGAAGUGGGUGGAACAUGUUUUGGAAGUCAAACGCAUCUCAGACCGAAUCUGUGCCAUUAAGAUCAAUGUUGGUUUCAUCAUCCUGACCAUUUUCUCUAUUUAUGCCCCUCAAGUAGGUUUGGAUGACGAAGCUAAGGACUCCUCUUAUGACGAACUGUUUUGUGCGGUCUCAAAGACCGCUAAAACUGAAUCCUUGUUUCUAUGUGGGGAUUUCAACGGUCACGUUGGGAGCAUGUCUGGCGGGUAUGAAGGAGUUCACGGUGGAUACGGUUAUGUUAGCUCGGUCAUUGAUGAGAAAAGACGUCUGUGGAAAGUUUGGAAGAAGGGCGGCAGCAAGCAAGAAUAUCUGACUUCUAAACGCACUGCGAAGAGCAUAGUUCGUGCCGCCAAGCGGAAAGCAGAGGCCAGUAAAUUUGCAAGCGUCGAGAAAGAUGACAAGGACGUUUUCCGCAUUGCCAAGCAAAUGAAGAAGGAGUGCAAGGACGUUGUGGGUGAGUGUUGCGUUAAAGACGAUCAGGGGCACAUCUCACUCACUGAUGAUGCUAAGAAGAAUGCGUGGAGAGAAUACUACAACCAUCUGCUGAAUGUUGAGUUUUCAUGGUCCCAUGAAGACCUACCUCCUGCUUACCCAGUUGAGGGGCCUCCAAUCCUGGUAACAUCUGAAAUGGUGGCAAUGGCAGUGUGCAAAAUGAAGCAGGGCAAAGCGGCCGGUCCCUGUGGUGUUGUGGCUGAGAUGGUUAAGGCCUCUGAUGAAGUCAGCAUCCCUAUCCUGGCCAGCCUCUCAAAUGCUAUCAAUGCUUAG